AUGGUCCGCAAAACUCCCUUCGGCUUCUUCGCCAUCAAUGAGGACCUCCCGUACCACGUUUCUCGCGGCUAUGACCGAACAUGCCAUUCCCCGGCGAUGUCUGUGCCGCAGACACAGUCGCCCGCACCUGAACCCACGAAGAAGUUCGAUCCAUCCAGAUACACUCUUCCUUAUGUCAAGUUCAUGACCGAGAAUCCUACCAUUUUCCAUGCCGUCGAUGCAUUUGCCUCCAAGCUCGAGGCGGCGGGUUUUGAAUAUCUAUCAGAGCGCAAGGAGUGGGACCUCAAGCCCGGUGGAAAGUACUAUGUCAGGCGGAACAGCAGCUCGUUCAUCGCCUUCAGUGUCGGCAGAGACUACAAGCCCGGGAACGGUUUCGGUAUCGUCGCUGGCCAUAUCGAUGCGCUCUGCGCAAAACUCAAGCCCGUGAGCAAAGUACCUACAAAGGCCGGCUACCUGCAGCUCGGCGUUGCACCGUACGCAGGUGCCAUGAGUUCGACGUGGUGGGAUCGAGAUCUAGGCAUCGGCGGCAGAGUUCUUGUGAAGCAUAAUGGCAAGGUCGAGGAGCGACUCGUGAAGCUGGACUGGCCCAUUGCCAGGAUACCGACACUUGCGCCGCACUUUGGCGCUGCUGCAGCAGGGCCAUUCAAUCCAGAGACACAGGCUACCCCUGUAAUCGGUCUUGACAAUUCCGAUCUUCCAGGUCAGUCCGAGGCGCCUCAAAUUGAAAUCGAAGCUGGUACCUUUGCUGCCACACAGCCACCGCGGCUAGUAAAGACCAUUUGUGGCGCACUUGGAAUUUCGGAUUAUUCCUCUCUUGUCAACUGGGAGCUCGAGCUCUUUGAUACACAGCCAGCUGCUGUCGGAGGUCUCGACCAUGAGUUCAUCUUUGCAGGCCGAAUCGACGAUAAGCUGUGUUGUUUUGCCGCUAUCGAGGCUUUGCUCGAGUCCGCGGAGACCAACACCUCUUCCGGUAUCAUCAAAAUGGUAGGCUGCUUCGAUGAUGAAGAGAUAGGCUCGCAAAUACGUCAGGGUGCUCAGUCUACCUUCAUGUCUGGCACUAUCGAACGUAUCAUCGAGUCAUUAGGCGGCUCUGGUACAAGCGUCUACAGACAGUCUAUGGCCAACUCAUUCCUGGUUUCCUCCGACGUGAUUCACGCUGUCAACCCGAACUUUCUAGGCGCAUAUCUAGAGAACCAUUCGCCUCGCCUCAAUAUCGGCGUUGCCGUGAGCGCAGAUCCUAAUGGACAUAUGACCACAGACUCGGUCUCAACAGCCUUCCUCCAGCGAGUGGCAGAGAAGUGCGGCUCAACACUCCAGGUGUUCCAGAUACGCAACGAUAGCCGGAGUGGUGGUACUAUUGGACCAAUGACCUCUUCUCGGCUUGGGUGUCGCGCCAUAGAUUGCGGUAUUCCGCAGCUGUCGAUGCAUUCGAUUCGAGCAACUACUGGAAGCCUCGACCCCGGCUUGGGUGUACAACUAUACAAGGGCUUCUUCACGCAUUUCGAAGAGGUUGAUAAGGAGUUUGCGUGA